CCUUUUCCGGAGACAUAAGCGAUUACAGCCGAGUGUCUCUUUACGCGCGAGGGACAGAAACACAUCAGUCUGUGAUCUUGUUAAGUGCUGCUACUGUUAUUACGACAUAAUACACAUUAAAUUAUUUCGUUAUGGAGACUGCCAACCAGAUUGUGCCUGGGGGAUCUUUCGAAGUGCUCAAACUGCCACUUGGAUUUAUACGCGUUUUGGAAUGGCUUUUUGCCAUCUUUGCCUUCGCAACAUGCGGCGGCUACUCUGGUCAGCUGCGGGUUAGCGUUGACUGCAUCAAUAAGGCGGACAGCAACCUCAGCAUUGGCAUCAACUUUGGUUACCCUUUCAGAUUGCACCAGGUGUCUUUCGAGGCCCCUGUGUGUGAGGGGCGAGCGCAGGAGAGGCUGUACCUUGUGGGGGACUUCUCUUCCUCUGCCCAGUUCUUCGUCACCAUUGCAGUGUUGUCCUUCCUCUACUCUCUGUUGGCCACGGUCAUUUACAUCUUCUAUCAAAACAAGUACAGAGAGAACAACAGGGGACCUCUCGUUGACUUCAUUGUGACCGUGGUGUUCUCCUUCAUGUGGCUGGUCAGCUCCUCAGCUUGGGCUAAAGGUCUCUCGGACGUCAAGGUGGCCACGGACCCGGAUGAGGUGGUCCUGCUGAUGUCCGCCUGUAAAGUCCAGGGCAACAAGUGUGGCUCUAUUUACGGCCCCAUCUGGUCUGGUCUCAACACGUCUGUGGUCUUUGGUUACUUGAACUUUGUGCUGUGGGCAGGCAACAUCUGGUUCGUCUUCAAAGAGACUGGCUGGCACAAGGGUGGCCCACGGGGGUAUCCAGGGGGUACCGUGGAAAAACAGUCCACUGGCUUCAACCAGCCGGCCUACAACCAGCCUCCCUACAACCAGCCGCCCUACAACCAACCUCCCUACAACCAACCUCCCUACAGCCCAGGUGGCGGCUUCAGCCAACCACUUGGCUACAACCAACCAGUGGGCUUCAGCAGCCAAGGUGACCUGGGCCAGCCGUCAGACUACAGCCAGGUGGGAGGGCCCACCUCAUACUCCAACCAGAUGUGAGUGAACAGCCCGCAGGUCUGUGUCACUUCCAAGGGCAUGUCUCAUUAAGGAAUUUAAUUAUGUCACUAAUGAUUCAGCACAACAAAUGGCAGUGAAGCCAAUUCAUCAGAAAUCCUCAGAGUCAAAGCCAGUGCCACGUGAAGGCGCUAAUAAAGCAGGUUCGUUUAUGUUGACACUAACAGCCAUUGGGGUUUGUUGUUUUUAUUUGGUUCAUUCCUUACACGCUGAUAAAAAGCAGAAAUAGUAUCUUUUUCAGACAACAGGGGUUGAACAUGUCCAAGGUCUCAUAUUUCUUAGAUAUUGCAAAAAGCUCAUGAAGAUGGCAUGAUGUAGUUUACAUUAUACCUUAUUAUACCUUAUGCUGUUUACUGAAGUGGUGUAAAAAAUGGCCCCAUGCUAUGUAAGCAAAAUGGUCACACUUGCUAAAAUAUACAAUGUAAGUAUAUCUGAGUUUUGUUUAGUUUUGUCCAUAAAUAGACUAUAGAUGAGUGCUCUGUUCUUUUUUCUUUGCCUGUGUUUUGUCACUGACCUUUUGUGAAGGACAGAUGGGUUUGCACUGUUGUGGGGGGAACAAACUGUGGUCCACAUUUGUAUACAUUUUUAAUCUUAAUAAUUCUGACAAAGUGCAUGAUGUUAUGCUGUUGAUGUUACUAAUAUGCCUGUUGUUUUGCAGAUGAUAUCAAAUACAUUCUAUUAAGUGAUCUCUAUUUGAAAA